AUUGUCAUUUGUUUAGCUGGUCAACCUAAAACUAUUAUUUUUCACUUGCUGCUUGGCCAACUAUCAAAAGCAAUUAGGAUCAAAAUUAUUCAAAUGAAUGGAUCGAGCAAGAAUGAAGUAAUAAAAAAACAGUAUUGAAAAUGAACAAUAAAGUGGUUGUGAGGUGAGUAAAAAAUGCUUCAACAGUAUUAGUAAUUACAUGUAAAUGGUAAUUUAUGUUAGUUGCAUGUUUUGAUUGUCGAUGAUUGACGGUUUACUUGAGAUACAGUUAAAGAUACAUGAGGGAAGGGAGGAAGACGAAGAAGACGAAGGAAAGAAGGGAGGAGAACGUAAAGGUACGAGUUGAUUAGAAUCACCAAAAAAUUUAUUAUGACAAGUUAAACUUCCGUUGACUGUUUGCAGAAGGUAAAAAAGGUACAAACUGGUUUCAGUUAUGAUAUGUUAUGCUGCUAAGUAUUGAUUUGUAUUGAUAUGUUCAAAUUAUGAGAAUCAAAAUGUUGGUUAAGUUGAAGUGAUCCAAGUGAUUUGGAUAUUGACUUGUGUUGUGAUUCAUUUGUUUUCGUCAUUUCUCCUACUUUUACCAUUUCACUUUUUAUUUUGUGUCCAAUUUAUCCAUGGAUUGAAUAACAAUGACUAGUUUGGAGUUGAUUUGUUGGUUAUUUGUCAUCUUUAUGGUUAUCCUUGAUAUUCCCGUGGUCAAUUCGGGACCUGUGAGGGUUAAAAUGUAUGAUCAUCGGGCUGAACACGAUCCAAAACAUCUUUAUGGUACCGGUCCUUGGAAUUAUUAUGGCUAUGGUUAUGGUAUUGAAUAUGCUUAUAAGCCUGAUGGUACUUUCAACAGGGAAAAGGGUUAUGGUUAUCUAAAAGCAUUUGGCCGAGAUUUUUGUAAAUACAAGGAUACAAGACGUUGUCGUAAAUCAAACUCGAAGCAAACUGUGAAAAUAAUCAACAGAGGUGAACCUUUUUGGGGUCAACCUCCAGCUGAGAUUAUCAAGGAAAGUGAGCCCAAUAAUGAUAAAAAUGUGCUCUUAAUGAACCCCGAAAUGAAAGUUUGAUUGUUAUCUUUGAAAAUUGUUAGUAUUCAUGUGCCAUACAUUAAGUUUAUUAUUCACAAUGUUUAUUGUCAAAAUAAAAUUGAAAAAAUUGUUAACUGUGAUCAAGCUUCCAUGCAUUGACUGGACAAAUGA